AUGGCUGCCAAGCUGCAAGCCCGGGGCCGGGUCCGAAACAUCGAUGGCACUCCGAUUAAGGGGCAAGAUGGCACCGUUACGAUCUCUUGGUUUGGCACGAAUCGGGAUGGUUCCAGUGAUCCAAUCCUCUGGUUCCAGCCAAGGCGCUACGAAACGACACACGUUGUCGUGGACGCCAACCGCUGCGGCGCUGACAUUAUCCUGAGUUGGAAGGAAGUCAAGCGCCUCAAGCUCAGGCAGCAGUUCACCGGCGCGAUUUACCGGCCGCCCACUCCAAAGUCUGAUCCAGAUAAUGAGAAAUACAAGGACUACGAGAAGCGCAGAGCCGAGAACGCUGCGGCUCGGAAAGCAGCCAGAGAUCAAAAGCCUACACAAAGUCCAUCAUCUAGCGCUCGCAACGCAAAGAAAUCUGGAAAGUAG